AUGUCGCAAGAAAAAGUUGCACAUUUUAGAACGUGGAAUUGUUUGGGAGGAAUCUAUCAUUUUCCUGCUAGGCAACAGCGGCUGUGUUGGUUGCAAAGGCACCUAGUACAUGUUGUGUACACUGAUUAUCGGCCUGCUCCACUUCAGCGUCUCAUCUUUUCUGUGGAAGGUAAAGGACUAUACGAAGGUCAAUUUCUUGAAGACAACUUCACGGAAGCAAUGAGUGGAUUAGAGGCGUUGGGAGACAAAACGGAAGGAGGUGUUCAGAGAGGUCGUAAAGGUGGAAUGAAAAGAAUAGACCACUUUUAUGUGUUGAAACAAUUUAAAGACCUCUGCUUCAUUACUGUCAUCUGGAUAUUCGGAAAAGAGCCAUCCAUAUUUUAUUUAGAUGAAGAGAAGAAAUUAGUUCGCGAAAUUUGUAGUAGUGCUGUCAACCUUCUAAAAGAUGACGAUAAGAAGAUUCUUCAAAUAGGACAGGUGCUGGGUUUUUGCCUUGCUGCUUUCAGGCUUUUUUUCUCGGAUCUUUGCCCCUUCCUUGAUGUGCUUAAUAUACUUCCUUUAAUAUUUUAUGGUUUUGGUGUUCAUCACUCAGGAUUAAUGCCAAUUCUCAAAGAAGCUGUGGAAAUAUUAUUUGGAGAAGGUCUAUUGAAGACUUUACUUGCCACUGAGACGUUCUCGAUGAAUUUGAACAUGCCAGCGAGAACAGUUCUGUUCACGUCAGCGGCUCACUUCAAGUGGAAGGAGUCAAUCCAUAGUUUAUUUUGGAGCGGUCUUUCUAUCAAUUUCAGAACUUCAACGCUAUUCCAGAACUACAACGAAGUAUUGCAAACCUCCGAAAAAACAAUCAAGAAAACAAUGCACAUGCCAAAAUAUUUUGUGCCCUUCUUCCAUGUCGGUAGAACGCUCCAUAUAGUUGUUGGUAACCGAGAUUUUGGUUGGGCCGUUUUUGUGAACUUCCAUAAGAAAAUUGAUAUAGACGAUAGCAUGCAGAUGGUUUUAAAAUCGCGAUUUCACAAUAAUAUCCCUCUUCUGGAUCCCAUCAAAGUCAUGCAUAUAUCCAGGCCGUCACUCAUUCAUACUGUCGAAAAUGUCGCUGAAUUUGAAGAACGUAGUAAAGAGAAUCCGUUGCGGAAAAUGAAAAAUUUUAACGAUAUCAGGAUGCAGUAG